AUGAAUGUUGAACAAUUGCAUAAGAUUUUCAAACUGUGUGGCUCCCCAUUGGAGGAAUAUUGGAGGAAAUAUAGAUUGCCAAAUGCAACACUUUUUAAACCACAGCAACCAUACAAACGUUGCAUAGCAGAAACCUUCAAGGAUUUCCCACCUUCUCUACCUCUAAUCGAAUCUCUUCUUUCAAUAGACCCUGAUGAACGAGGCACUGCGACUGCUGCUCUAAAUAGUGAAUUCUUUAAUGCAGAGAUUCAAGCAAACUUAGAUAGGUGGAGAUUUGUGACACAAGCAAAUGCCAAGAGCAAGAGCGAGAAAUUCCCGCCUCCCCAUCAAGAUGGGGCGGUUGGAUACCCACUAGAUGCAUCACGUAAAGGCCCUGUAUCAUUUGGCGCACCUGAUACUUCUUUUGGCUCAUCAUUGUUUAAUUCGAAGUCAUCAGGAACUGGUAAAAGUAUUGGGGCUUCUGGGGGGCCUUCUAGGAGGAAAACCAUUAAAGAAGACCUCCAUGCAGCUUCGUCUCGGAAGUUCAUCCGUGCAUCCAAGCCAUCCUCCAUAGGGCUCUCAAUGGAUCUAAUAUUCAAGGGAAAAUAAUCAGUUCGAGGUUUCCAGCAGCUGAAAAUAGAGGUAAGGUGUCAUUGUGUACUGUAAAUUUUUGGAAUUAGGUUUUUUUUUUUCUGUCAAGCUCAGCUUGGUUUUGGAAUGUGUUUGUCCUCAUUAUUGCUCCAAUUUUUUUGCACUUCAAUCGUUGUAAGCAGGUUUGGUGUAUCAUCCUUACAUCAGCAACCCCAAAACUUGUAUAUUCAGACAAAAAAAAGAAGAAAGAGAAAGCAAUUCCACUUC